AACAGUUUCCGAAGCUUUAGUUAGAGCAGUGUCGCCUUACGGUUAGUACGAUUUAGUUAGGACCCUGUGUGCUUUUGGCUGUAUAGUUCCUGUACGUUAAUAAAAAUUUAUACCUAUAUACAUAUAUACACACACAUGUUUAUAGAUUAUUAUAACCCGUAAAAUCCGGAACACAUAAAACCACGGCUUGUGUAGGCUUUGUGUUCGAUUGUCGAGUAUCUUGGUGUUAAAAAAUUGCAACAAAGCAAAAACUAUGAAUUUAUGUUGAGGAAAAAAGGAAAGUUUCUUCUUUUAACGCUGAUUAAGCUGCAACGCGUAGUGUGUGUGCGCGUUUCAUGGGAAGUAAAGAAGAAGUGUUUUCGACAAUGCUAGAGAAAUGAAACAACAGUUAGUGGCAAUUUAAAUUCAAAAAUCGAACUGAAUCGAUUGUUUUACCUUGGUUUUAAUAGCUCGCAUUGUUUUUCUUCUAUCUUACCACACAACGUUUCGCUCCGGUGGAAAAUCUGUCCAACUAUCCAGAUCAUUUUACUCUUGAGUGAUUGAGUUAUCGUUUGAAUCAUUCCUCUCACCAUUUUGCCUUUGUCGUGGAAUACCAAGCUUAAGAGGCGAAGUGAAAGUGUUAGUUUUCUGAAACAAAAGAAAAGAUGUCCGUGUGUUUAUAGAAAACAGCCCGAUAAUCGCGCAAAAUUAGUGAAAAGUUCUGCAUCGCUCGCUGCGCCUCCCCCCAAUCUUCCUCUCUGCUAGUUCCGUCAAAUUAGCAACGUUGGUACUGUUUCAACGAAACGCUGUUGUUCAUCCUGGUCGUCGAAUCUUGACAAGAACAAGAAAGAUAAUACAAAAUAAAAAGGCAUAAAAAAACUAGUAAAUAAAAUAACAUAGCACGAUUUCAGCAGAGCCGUUAAAUCCAAACCCGCUUUGCAAAGCUAGCGAAAAUCAAAUAACAGAAACAACAGAAGCAGAAGGAGGAAGGCCACGCGAUAAGAAAAGUGUCUACGAAAAACGCGACCAUUCUCCCCAUUUUCCCUGCUGAAAAAUAAAGUAGGACGGGUCCGCGUCACAACAUUUUACGGCGAAGCGAAAACGUGCAUUCGUGCAAAGCUUUUAUUAACGUUUCAUUUCAUUUCAAUAACUUUAUCCAGUGUGUUUCAUUGGUUUGAGAAAGACAGUUUCGUUUAUUGUUUUGAAACUAUGAAAACUUCCAACACACAGUGACAAGUUCAAAAGAGUUCAAUUGCUGUUGAUAGGACACUAGCGGAUAUUUUUCUGAAUCGAUCGUCAAUUACCUAAACGUCACAAAGUUACAAAACUUGAUCGAAGCGUUCGACUUUGAUCUGCUUCUUCGUAGCACAUUCUACACGUAAGAAGAGAAAAAGAAACAACAAGACAACAGUGCACAACAUCAAACGAGAGCGACGAGCAUAGAAACAUGUUGGCAAUGUCAACAUUAAUGAUGCCAGCACCGACAAUGGCCUUAAGUGCCGCACCACAGCUCUCAGUUGGACCCCACAAGCCGCCAGAAACGAAACUGCUGACGAUUCAUCCCGCUGCUCAUUCGCAAUCACAAACGACGCCCCAGCAUCAGCUGCACCAGCAUCAACAGCAAAGCGUUGCCCAGCAACAGCAGGCAGCAGCGGCCCAACAACAAGUCGCAGCCCAGCAACAAGCGGCCGUCCAGCAGCAGCAAGCACAACAGCAGGUUCAGCAACAACAGCAGCUGCAACAACUGGCUGCCUCGGUCAAGCAAGAAAUGUCGUCCUCCUACCACUGGCAUUUGCCACCGACGGCUGCGAGCACAGGAAACGUCGUCAAAUUGCCAUGGAAGACGUCGACGAUGACGACGACAACUGCAGCGACGACGGCGGCCACGACAAUGCGACACCACGGUUCUAAUGAGAACUUAGAACAUUAUCACAUAUUUGUCGGAGAUCUGAGUCCGGAGAUUGAAACACAAACGCUGAAGGAUGCCUUCGCUCCGUUCGGGGAUAUUUCUGACUGCCGGGUCGUGCGAGAUCCUCAAACGCUCAAAUCCAAAGGCUAUGGCUUUGUGUCGUUUGUGAAGAAAUCGGAAGCGGAAAAUGCAAUCGCUGCCAUGAACGGACAAUGGCUGGGAUCGAGAUCCAUCAGAACGAACUGGGCAACCAGAAAGCCUCCGGCAACCAAGGCUGAUCUAAACGCUAAGCCGCUAACCUUCGACGAGGUUUACAACCAGAGCAGUCCCACCAACUGCACCGUCUACUGUGGCGGAGUCGGAGGAACCUUGGCCGGAGGUCUGAACGAGGAAAUUCUGCAGAAAACUUUCUCACCCUUUGGAACCAUUCAAGAAAUUCGCGUUUUCAAGGACAAAGGAUAUGCUUUUGUGAGAUUUUCCACGAAGGAAGCAGCAACUCAUGCCAUCGUUGCGGUUCACAAUUCCGAAAUCAACGCCCAAACUGUCAAAUGUUCGUGGGGCAAGGAAAGCGGCGAUCCCAACAAUGCCCCGACACUGGCUAGCCAGGCCUUGAGUCAGGCAGGAUUUCCGUUCAACACUGCUUAUGGACAGCAGGUGGCCGGCUAUUGGUAUCCGCCAGCCCCAACCUACCCGGCUACUCCGGCACCGGCUGCAGCUCCGUUGCAGGGCCAGUUCCUUCAGGGAAUGCAGGGCUACGCCUACGGCCAAUUUGCCGGCUACCAGCAAGGGUUCAUGGGCAUGGGUAUGCAAUUGCCGGGAGCCUGGCCAGGAGUUCCGACACAAGCUCAAAUCCCAGCAACUGCUCAACAGUUGGCUCAAGCUGGAGUAGGUGGAACCAUUCCGCAAGCAGCCGGUGUUGUCGCGUACCCGAUGCAACAGUUUCAGUUGGCUGACGAUGAAUGGUUGGCACCAAGUCUCUUAGUGUAGCUCCCUUGAUGGUCGUCAUCAAUAUGUGGCUGCGUACCACAGCAUAAGUAAAUGCUCCAGAGAUCAAAUGCAGUCUUAAUGUGUCACGUCAACCAAAAACACUCACAUCCGAAAACCUAUGAGGUACCAAUUCAACGAAAUCCUAAGGAUGAUCGUUCAACCAUUAUCAUAUUUGAUAAUGUUUGGCAACAGAUGGCAAAAAAUCAACAUGUGGAAGAAUUUAAAACAUUCGAUUGAUGAAACAAUUUAAAUUUUACCAAAAAAUAAAUAAAUAAACACUUUGAAUUAAAACAUGACUAUGUAAAACAUGAUGAAUAUUUAGAUAGUGAUAAUGAUAAAAUACUAAAUUUGGAUACAUGUGUAAAUAGUAAGCUAAUAAACAAACUAAAUCAAUAUUAUAUAUCACUCUUACUGACACACGUAAACAGAUGCAAAAUAUGUUUGGAAAUAUUUAGUGUCUUAUGGUAAGGCACAGCAGCGUUUCAACGUCCGUUUGGGGAACCAAGUAAUAAAACACUAAAGAAAACGAUAACAGCAUUUAUUUCGUUACACAUUCAGUUUCAGUUCGAUCGUUUGCAUUUCACACAGACACCGGAAUAAAUCGGACAACCACCUUUUUUCUCUGAAUGACUUACUAUGAAAAUGUGUCUAUAGCACAUGGACAAUUUUAACUUUACGUUCAUGAUGAUUCGACACACUUAAAGUAACUUCUAGUGACUUUUGGUUGUCUUUAAGCAUAUAUACUACCGUAAACAUUCUUCACUCUUGAAGUUGAUGAAAUAAUUCACAUAAAAUAUACAACAAAACAACAUAGAUAGGAAUUAUUUUAAAUAAAUUACCACUAAAGUAAGCCCAAAUGCAAAACAAAAGUUUAAAUACUUUUAGCCACACGUUAAUGCAACGUAAAACAAAAUUUUGAAGAAAAUAUGCAAAACAAAGUUAGUGAAAAAAAGGAAAGAUUUCCUAGGACAAAAUUAUAGAACACGUUUCUGAAACUGAACAACAUCAAUCACAGUUCCCGAAAACAGAACAACUAAAACAACAACAAACCAAAACAUUCGCUUAUCCAACCACAACAUAAACCACGAAGCAAUUGACUAGCAUGAAGCAUUAAUGAAUAUAUACCUAAAUGGGACAACUACAACAACCAUAUGUUACAAACCAUACUGUAAGAAUCUCAUGAUUGUUCAUGAACAAACCAAAAACAAACAAAAUGACAAAACAAAAACAUAUAUUGCUGAAAUUGCAUGCUUUAUUCAUUAGAUUAAAGUUGAAAUUCCUCGUAGUAGACUCGUAGUAGGCGCACAUAAUUUUUGUGUAUUUAUUUUUUGAAAAGACCCAUUAAUUGAACGCUUGCGGUCGCCAAUGUGGAGGCCAAUUUUUAUUUCGUAGAAGCAACUGACAUCCAACUAAAACAAAAUGCCCGUACCAUCCUCUUAAUAACCUAUUGAACGAAGAUGAUGAUGAUGAUAAUGUUUUGUUUACAAUUCGUAACUCUCUAUCUAGGUCGGUCGGAAAAUCGAAAACACCAACGGUUCACGCAGUAGUUUUUGACUUGUAGCAUCUGUAGUGGUAGUAGUGUCGUUUUGUUUCAGUUCUGUCUCUUUUGACAGGUGGACCGUUUUUUUUGGUUGAAAAAAAAACCAUUUUGUAUGUUUAAAAAUAUGAAUAUCGAGCUAGUCGAUACAUUCCAGCUGCUCUAGUUCCCAAAGCCAACUAUUAUUCCUUAUAUCUAUUCUGAAAAUACUUCUAUUAUCAAUGAAAAAUUCUCUAAGAAUCUAGAAUAACAGUUGAUGAUAACACUAAACAUGCGAAUUGCGUGCGCACAGCGAAAUCGUAGUUAAACUGCUAUUUUUGCAGAAAUUAUAAAACAACACAACAAAAAAAAACUUAUUCAAAAAAACAUGAAAACAAGUCUUCUACUUCUAGAUCAAAACAAGACGAAUUGAUAAAUCUUUUGAAAGUUACAUGCGCAAAGGUAACAAAAAUCACUCCCAGAUUUUUUGAAAGGAGCUAAUCAUAUCUUUAUAUAUACACACACACAUAGUGAAACCGAAAUGGAAUAAAAAGAACGAACCAUUAAAAUUAGAAAGGAGAUGACAUUAGGUUGUUUUGUUUUUGUUUCCUGUUGCUUUUUUUUCGUCUGUGUCAGCAACUUUGUCCCUGGAUAAGAAUGUUUUACCGUUGUAGAGUCCCGUUAGUUGUUUUUGUUCCGGUCACUAAAUUUCACGAAACCGAACUAAAUUAUCACCAAGCACAAUCGUUCGAUCCAAAAUUUAAGUUAAGUUCACCACGAUAUUAAAAACAAACAUUUAUGUAGACAUUAAACAAAAAUAAUAGAGGAAAACGUUACGUAUCUGACAGCUGUUUAUUUAAAUAUAAAUGAUUAACUCACUGUCAACCACUAAGGCGUUGCUAGAAAGAUUGACACACCGAGUUUGCUCAACACGUUUUGCACUACGUAUUAUGAUUAUUUGUAUUGAACGUCUGAAUUUCUGGAGCUGCGAAAUCUGAUGAAUAUUUUUUUUAGGAAUAACUGUUUGUAAUGUUUACAAUUUGAUCCUUAUCACACCAAAAAUCUUGUGGUUAGUACUAAUAUUAUUCAUCACAGUUACAAAUUUACUACUAAUUUUGAAUAGUUGAUCAGAUUUUACCAUUGUGUUGGAAAAAUUCAAAACAAGUUCGAUUGAUUUGAUUCCUAGAUUUUGUAUUUAACUCAGCAAACUUAUCUUAAUUGUGGUUUUCGCUUCGCAAAGGAGGCGUUGACUUGUUUGCAAGACACGUGUUUUUUUUUUCAUCGCUGAAGUUAUUUAUAUUUAAGUUUCGUUACGUGUAAAACAGGAGGGAAAUUGUUGAAGUGAAACCGAAGCUGAGCCCUUUUCUUUUUCUAAUAACCGCAAGAAGAAAGGUAAUUAUAUUUGCGAUAAAGACAGUUUACAUUCAUUCAUAUAAACCUCUAGAAGUCGGUUUGGAAGCUCUCAAAUUCGAUGACAGUCUUUACGAAAAUCUCGUUUUAACCCAUUCGAGACGGAGGCCUUUUCACGACAUUCGAACUCAUAGUACUUUACUCCUAGAUAACUUUCAUGUCGUUUGAUUUUCAUCUAAAUCAUUUCCCAAUACAUUUUGCCUAACAUUUGCGGAUUUCAUUGCUAUAAGAAUAUUAUUUUUCUGAGCAAUAGUAAACUCACAAUGAAAGAUUGUUCUGACAAAGGCACGAAAAUUCCAUUGCACACACGGUGUGCAAUCGGUCUCGAAUGGGUUAAGUUGUUGGACAUUUGUUGACAUAUUUUUUCUUGGCAAGAGCUUGGAACAGAAAGUGUCAGCUUGAAUAUAAAAUUAAUUUGCAAAGCGUGUUACACUCCCCCUUUUUUUAAACUCCUCUUUUAAGUCAUCUAACGACUGCCACUCACUCACAAACAAUCGGAGCAAUUCAACUUCUUCAAAAUCAAAAAAUAAAAAUAAAUAAUAAAAGAUGUAAAUAGAACACAAAUCAAAGCAAAUGCGAAGAAAAAUGGCAAUGAAUUAUAUAAACAAUACAUAGCGUAAACAAAACAAUAUUUUAGCAAAAUGGAAAUACUAUAUGAGAAAUACGAUACAAACAAAUACAAAAACAAUUGAAGGAAAAUUACUUGUUUUGGUUGUGACUGGUGAACCUCCCAGAAAAAAAACCCGGAAGGAAUAUAUUUAUACUAUUUUACCUAGUUGCUAUCAAUCAGAUAUAAUAUUUUCAAAUUAUUUUUCUCUUCUUUAUAGUUUUGCAUAUUUUACAGAACUAUCGAUCCAUUUUGAUUGCGGUACGUUUUUUUGAUGUACAGAGAAAAAAAUACUCAAAGAGAGCAAUCCCUCAACACUUCAAAACCAAAACACCAAAUGAGCACUAAAAAAUGUUCACAUUACUUUCUGUUGUCGGGAGGCAAACAUACAGAAACAUGAGUUUUUUUUUCACAAAACGGAUCUAACGAUAAAUAACCCAAGCAGUGUAGUCACAGAAACAUAAAAAAUAUUCCACAGAGAGAAAAAAAAGGCAAUCGACAGUUACAACAAUGGGUUACAUAUAUCAAACUGAUGAAAAGUAAAACAGUGAUCAAUCAACAAUCUUACUGUUGAAUUCAUGCAGUAAUCAAUUGGAAACAUAAAAGUCAAUAGAUAAACUUUGGGAAGUUGAAAUUUUAAGCUAACAUCAGAAGAUCGAUUACACUUGAUUUUUGUCUGCUGAUUUGUUCUAGUUUUGAACGGAAGAAAAACGCAAUAUUAGGCAACAUUUAAUCACACACUUGAGAUACACACUCACACCUACUAUCCUGUGAUUUUAGCUGAAGUUAGUGCAAAAAACACACAAAAAAACUGUUGGCUGUUAGUUAAACUAUUUCCUGUUUUUUUUUCGUUUCAAAGGAAUUGUUUCGAAUUAGGUAAACUAAAUAAAGAAAAUUUUAAGGUUAGUAACGUUCUCAUUGAAAAAAGAAAUCUAGUCAGACGGAUUAAAAAUCUAGCCAUACUUCGACUUCGGAACCUUUCGUUUUGUUUAGAACAUUGCUUGUUGGGUUGGCAUUUGACUUUCGUGAAGGAUUUCCGUUGAUUAUUUCCCGAAUAUACUCAUUGAGGCAAUUAUCAUCAAUGGAACAAAUGUGGAUACAUAUUUUUAAUGAAAUUAUAUUAACAUGAAACGGAAGCGAAGUAAGGAAACAUAUAUUAGUAAAAGGAAUAUAUUUAUAGUGUUAUAUUUGAAAUAACAGCAUAACUGAUAUAAAAUUAAAAAAAACUAUAUUAUAUAUAUACAUUAAACCAAAAAGGUAAAUUACCAUAUAAUAAACAAUAUAAAAAUUGAAAGUAAGGCAUUUUUUACCAAAACCAAAAACCAAACAAACAAGGAAAGACAAACCAAUAUAUAUACACACACAACACACGUAUAAUGUAUUAUUAUGGGCAAGCGCAAAACAAAAAAAAGAAGCGGAACAGUAUGCAGAAAAAAACGAAACUUAAAAUUCAUAAACUAACUCAAAAUGUGAAUAAGUAAUAGAAUUAUAUACAAACAUACAUUGAUUAUUUUGAAAAGAAAACAACAACAAAAGAAAAAAACAAAACCAAAACCAACACAAAAUAUACUAUAUUUAUUAACAAACAAACAUAAACCAACCAAUCGUAGCUAACAGAAACAAUAGUCAAUAGCAAGGAAUUAAUGCAAAUGGCAAAUCACUUAAAUUGAAAUAAUCAAGAAGAGAAUACACAAAAUACAUUAAAAAAAACGCAUAAUUGGAAUUAUCUUUCCCAGCAGUCAGUAAUGCAAAGGUCACAAUUUCAACGAAGCGAUUUUUCGAAUGAUGAAUUCCGUUUCUUUUCCUUGAGACAAGAACAGCGUUGAAUUGUAGAAUGGCCUUUCAAAUUGCCAUAAUGAAGGAAACUCCAAACAAAAAAAAAUCUAACAAAUCUAGUACAUUAUAGGAUGAAAAGAACAAGCGAAUAAAGGAGAUAAGCAAAAAUAUAUUAAUAUAAGUGGAGGAAAAUAUUACAACAAUUGCACACUAUAGAUGUAGAAGCACGAAACAAAAACAAAAUAAUGAGAAUAUUGUUAAAGAAACAUGAUUGAAUAAAACGAAAGUCGAGAACUAUGGUAAAUUAUCAAAGCAAAAAACAACAAAAAACGCAAAAAAACAUGAACCGCAAAUAUUUCAAACUAACAAAAAAAUCCAAAUACAUACGCGACUUGGGGAAAAAUGAAACAAGCGAGAAGUAUCUACUUUUUGUAGUAGGCUGUGGUUUGUCGAAAAGAUAUUUUAUUUCAUCUUUCAUCUGAUGAGAUGACAAACAACAACUGAGAGAGAGAGGAUUCAAACAUCGCUUUAACACAUCAAUUAAACGUGCUAAAUGGGUCACUUGAAAGACAUGAUUGCGUUGAACGACGAAGGGCAGUGGUUUCAAUUGGCAAAAGUAAAAACUACAAACAAACAAAAAAAGCAGAUAAGAUUACAGAAUCGGAUCAGAAAAACGCACUUUUCUUUUUUACAAAAAAAAAUUGAAAUUAGUCAAAGGAGAGAAAACAUGGUAAAAAGACAGAAUCUUAACAUUUUUUGAUAACAGUCGAUAUAUUUUUUUCAAAAAUGUUUUAACGUUUUGAUAAACUUUGCAAAAGACAAAAUAAAUACGACGAACGAUGAGACGAAACAAUGUCCCCAAGUAGCCGAAGUUUAUUAUCAUUACAAUUAAACAAAAAAAAAGAUUAUAUAGUUAUUAAAAAGGCAGAACACAUCAGUCGAAUAUACAUUGAACAAGCGAAGUAUGAUAAAUACAGUUGAGCACAAAUAUUUGCAAGAACAUAAAAUCAAGAACCGGCAACACAAUUGAAGUCAAAAAUAGGAAAUGAUUCCAAAAGUCAGUGAAUGAAAUGUCAUUCAUUUUUGUUCAGCACAAACGGAGAAAAUUAUUUGAUUCAUUAAUCGAUGAUCUCAUUUGGGAAUUGGAAGAGCUAUGAGACAUAAAAAAACAUGUAACACGCCAGAUAACUUGAAAACUUUAAGUUGAACCAACAGUGAAAUCAAAUUCACAGAACAAUUAUUGUAAAAGAACACAACACAGACAAAAAAUAUAUUAGUGAGUAACAACGUUAUAUAUGAAAGGAAAAAUGAUCAAUAAACAUGGUAAACAAAAGGAAAAA